AUGGCAUCACUUCACCAUGAAGCUCUGCUGCUGCUCACAAAUACCCCGGCCUCGUUCUCAGCGCUGAAGACGGUCCACGGCUCUACGCUGAAGACGGUGGUGUCAGAGCUGGCGGCUGCUAUAAAAGACGGGACUGCAGAAGAUGGACAUGAUAUAAAAGACGGACAGUCGGCAGUGGCAGUGCUGGACGUUGCGGUCGUCGUUCGAGGUCUGAAUCCUGCUGGAGAGAAACCGUUUGCCCGGCUGCAGCAGUUCCUGGCGAGUUUCUACAAGCUGCUCGGCGCCGUCAGCGUCUCUGUCUCUGCUGAGCUGGAUGGACCUGGCGGCAUCGAUGCGAGAGUCUUCUUUCUAGACGUCGAGUCUCAGAUACCACAUCCCUAUGGUCCGAUCAUCGACGUGAAGAGCUUCCUGGCCUCGAACCGAUCCUGGGAUACUGUAUACGCCUCGGCGGAUGGGAGUGCGAGCAGGCUUGCCGCCAUGCUCAACGGCAGCAUGGCUACUGAUAUUCGCAAACUGCCAGGACCAGGAGGAGACGAACAGCCGGAAGGUCUGCUCUUGGAUUAUGAUGCAUCACAGCUGGCUGUUCCGCACUAUUCUGUGGCCGUUGGCGGGACGUUUGACCACCUACACGCCGGGCACAAGCUACUUCUUACUGCAACAGUACUCGCCUUGGAUACGUGCUCGCCUCAGCCUGCCCGGAGCUGCGGAAGAGUUGUCACGAUUGGUAUAACCGGCGACGAGCUGCUGGUGAACAAGAAAUAUGCAGAAUUCUUGGAGUCCUGGGAAGAACGGUGGAAGGGUGUCUGGACGUUCCUUCAGUCGACCAUGAAUUUCUCCGCUGCCAGAGAAGCUGACAUCAAGCGCGAGUUCGAGCCUGGCCCCAAUGGAAGACGGGUCAUCGUCUCGCUUUACCCGGAUCUAGAACUCAGGUUCGUCCAGAUUGCCGACCCCUUUGGCCCUACUAUUACCGACAAGGAUAUUACGGCCUUGGUCGUGUCCAAGGAAACACGAUCUGGCGGGAAAGCUGUCAACGACGAGAGAGAGAAGAAGGGAUGGUCGAAGCUUGACGUCUUCGAGGUCGAUGUCCUAGAUGCUGGCGAUGGUACGUCUGUGUCGGAAGAUAGCUUCGAGUCCAAGAUAUCCAGCACUGAGAUCAGGCGCCGGCGUAUGAACCUAGCUAAAGGCAGUCUCUAA